AUGGGAGACAGCCCCGAGCUGGUUCCCACCGAAGUGGCAACCGACCUGGAAUCUGACGACAUGCUUCCUGUGGGACUACCCCAGACUGCUUCCGAGCAAGUUGCUUCGAACGGUGCACUGGAAGAGGGCGCAGCAGGCACUAAUGUGUUUGAUCCAAACGCCCGAACUCCUUUUGCAGCUGUACCGUUCGCACCACAGUUGCAUAUGUAUCGACAGAAUUUCCAGCAAAACAUCAUGAUCGGUGAAUCUCCGGAACAAACCAGAUCGCUUCUCGGUGAACUUGAAACUGAAGCAGAAAACAGGCACCAGAGGUUCCGCCAGGCUGCCGAAUAUGCUCAUGAUCAAAGAAUCGCCAAUGUUGAAGAACGAGCAAAUCGACAGCAUGAGGAGAUCGUUGCACAGCUCGAAUCCGAGAUUGCCACACAACGAUAUCAGUUUAUCGAAGCCAAUCACCAUCUCGUGUCGGAGCUGCGACAACAACACCAAGUCAUCGCUUUCCAAACGGAACAUUUUUCCAGCGUUAGUUCGCAGAUCACGCAACUUCGAACAACUUUAAUCGAAGAAGCAGAGGAGAACAAAACACAAACCCUCAAUGAGGUGGGAGAGUGGUUUGGUAGGGAACAUGAUCAGGCAAUGCAGCAGUAUAGGUUACUUGCCCGCGAGAGUGAAGAGGAAAUGAGGCGUCAAAAUGAUGUUCUUCAGGACGAACUCUCCUCAGCUGAGCGUGCGCUCAAACUCGAGCAGGACAGGAAUGCUUCUCAGGACACUGCGUCCCAAGCUCAGUUCCCUCCGGCCGUGACCCCAGCAACGGUACCGCAAAGUGCCGGCCUUAAUGUGCCGACAGCUCCUCAGUUUUCAUCGCCAAGCGUGAUCCCGCUCAGCCUAAGAGCAAUGUUUUCCGGUUUUGGUGGUGCGGUAACUACUGCCACACCAGCGGGGCCACAAGCUCCAACACAAGCCCCGGGAACCCCUGUGCCCCCGACUGGCUUAGGUGGAGGAGUGUCUGGUCUCGCGGCCCCAAUGGGCACGCCGGCUAGUCCGGCAGCCACUGGAGUUGAUUUAAUCGCACAGACGCAACAAGCGUUGCUGGAAGCCGCCAAACUCCUCAAGGGAGACAAAGGCGGCGAAGAUGACAAGCCAAAGGCGGAAGGCCGCAACGCCCUCCGUCAAGGAGUGGCCGGGGAAGAGAUCGCUCUGCCGGAGAAGGACAGGAGAGCCGCAUGCUGCAUCUCGAUUGCGGCUGCAGCCUCAAUCCGUCCCGAGGGAGAUGACCCACAAGAUGGAGAGAAGGACUACUGGGAAGUGGAUUUCAAAAGGGGUGAAGCCAUUCGACAUCACCUGAACUACAGAAGUACUAUGUACAAGCCUGAAAUGUCAUGCCCUGUUGCUCUUGAAAAGUUGAAAGGUACGGCCAAGGUGAUCAAGACUCUUCCCGUUGCUCCCUACACAGCAAAGGAGAGUUGGGAUUGGAAAGGGGGAAAAGGGGGGACGAACGACAAGACGCCAUGGACUGGCAAGACUGUGUUCAAAAUCAAAGAACAAAACAAGAAGGUCAAGUUUUGUGAAAAGCCCAAAGUCAGGGAAAUUCCUUUUGAAGGGAAGGGGUACAAGCAUUCCUACAAAGUUCGCAGGUACAACACUUGCUAUGCCGAUGCGGAAAAUUGCCCCAAACCUGACAACAAUGACCUUCAGGUUGCAAUUAGGAACGCAAGGGAACUCACUAUGCUCCUUGCCCGGCAUGAGGGGGGAGAGAGAACCGACUGCCGUUUAGAAUGUGAUGAGCCUGAUUCUCUCAUGUGUGGGAUGUGCAAGCACGUCGUUGAGAGCUCAGAGAUCGCCUGUCCAGGAAUCGCCACGCCCUUAGAAUUCCUUGCUGAUACGGGGAGCGAGGAGGACCUCAUCAGCGAAGCUGAUCGUGCUAUGUACUUUGGCGAAGAGCCGAUAGGCAAUGCUACUCGACAAGUAAACCUCAUCACUGCUAACGGAAAUGUCAAGGGUGACAAAUCGGUCAGGAUCGACUUCCCGGAGUUUGGCAAAGAGCUAGAGUUCUACGUUCUCGCAAGUACUCCUCCUGUUUGCUCUGUUGGAAGAAGGUGCAUGGAGGACGGUUAUGAGUUCCAUUGGUACCCCAAAAAGCCGCCUUACUUCGUUGCGCCCAAUGGUCAAAGACUAAGGUGUAGAAUGAGAGGUAUGGUGCCUGUCCUUGGGGGAGGAGCAAUGGCCGCCCCAAGUACCAACGAAGAAGCCUCAGGAUCUCUCGGACGGCCAAUUCUGUCCGAGGGUUUUCAGAAAUCUGCCGCCCAAUAG